AUGGCGACAGGACUCCCCGCGAAGCUGAAGCCCGCGGCUCGGGUCGCAGGCCAGCGACAAGAUGUUUGGUCCAUUGUAAAUGAAGCUGCCGCCGCCUCGCCCAAGCAGCCGAUUGUGAACAUGGGCCAAGGCUUCUUCGGCUACAACCCCCCUCCCUUCAUCAUCAACGCCGCCAAGUCGGCCCUGGACAAGGUGGAUUGCAACCAGUAUAGUCCUACCAAGGGUCGACCCAGGCUAAGGAAGGCGAUUGCCGACGCAUACUCGCCUUUCUGGGGACGCACGCUGAACCCGGAGACCGAGGUUACUAUCACCACUGGAGCCAAUGAGGGUAUGUUGAGUGCUUUCAUGGCUUUUAUUGAGCCAGGAGACGAGGUUAUCGUCUUUGAGCCCUUCUUCGAUCAGUACAUCAGCAAUAUCGAGAUGCCAGGUGGGAAGAUCACCUAUGUGCCGAUGCACCCGCCGAAGGACGGCGCAACCACGACCUCUUCAGCAGGGAACUGGACAAUAGACUUUGACGAACUGGAGAGGGCAAUCACCCCCAAGACCAAGAUGCUUGUCUUGAACACGCCUCACAACCCUGUCGGCAAGGUAUACUCCAAGGAGGAGCUUGAGAAGAUCGGUGCGCUUUGUGUGAAGCACGAAAUCAUCAUUCUCUCUGAUGAGGUCUAUGACCGUCUCUACUACGUGCCCUUCACGAGGAUCGCCACCCUUUCUCCCGAAAUCGAGAGACUGACCAUUACCGUCGGCUCUGCUGGCAAGAAUUUCUACGCUACCGGUUGGCGAGUUGGUUGGCUCAUGGGACCCGAGCAUCUCAUCAAGCACGUCUCUGCGGCACACACCCGUAUCUGCUACUCUUCUGUCUCGCCUUUGCAGGAAGCGUGCGCCGUUGGGUUCGAGCAAGCCGAGGCUGAAGGUUUCUGGGACGAGACUGUUAAAGACAUGCAGGGCAAGAUGAAGCGCUUCAACGAGGUCUUUGACGAGCUCGGUCUUCCCUACUCGGACCCCGAAGGCGGAUACUUCGUUAUGGUGAACAUGGCCAAGGUGAAGCUGCCGAAGGACUAUCCGUUCCCGCCACACGUUGCAAGCCGACCCCGAGAUUUCAAGUUGUCCUGGUUCCUGAUACAGGAGGUCGGAGUGGCUGCUAUCCCACCUACAGAGUUCUAUACCGACCCCAACGCCCACAUCGCAGAGGACUACAUGCGUUUCGCCGUGUGCAAGGAAGAUGAGGUGCUAGAGACAGCCAAGGAACGUCUCCGAGGCCUCAAGAAGUAUAUAGAAGAAUAG